AUGUGGCCAUUCUCCUCGUCCUCGUCCUCCUCAACAUCCACUGCAACCACCUCCACCUCCGCGCUCCCCGCCGGUGGUUCACCCUCCUCGAUCCCGGAUCGCUCAGCCCGUCAAGCCUGCUGGGAUCAUCGUGAUGGCUAUUUCGGAUGUUUAGAGAAGAACGCGGUGAUCGUUCCUGGAGCUGAAAAGGAAAAGGGACUUUGUCAAAGCGAGAGAGAGGGGUACGAAGCGCGGUGUGCGCAGAGUUGGGUAAGGUUCCCUGCGAUUGCGACUCGGAAGCCUUGGGGGAGGGGUUGCUGAUCGGGGUUUUUUCUUUUUUCUUUUCUUUUUCUUCCCCCUUUCUUCUUUUGACUGUUUGGUGAUACAGGUCGAUUAUUUCAAUAGUACGUUCAUGGCAGUCUUUUCUUGAGAUGACGUAGAGUACCGCGAUCACUGACUCGAUCAACUCGUACGGUUGUGCUCUUUACUUCUCCAGAACGAAGGAUCCUGCAACUCCGACAAGAUCGUAUGAACGCACAACAAGCCGAACAACUAAAGGCACAAGGUGGUACAGCGACAAGAGCAUGA